UGCAGAGGCAAAGUUGGUAGUUUUAAACAAUAUUGAAGAUGUAGGCAGGAUUGUAGAAUCUUUAUUUCAUUCUAGUAAUUUUUGCAAUUGCAUAAAAAAAACUUAAUAAUUGAGAUUAUUGCGGGUAGUCUAUCAAUAACUUGACUGAAUUUCUUACUAGUUGUUGAGUUGACAAUACGUAGUAAGCAGUUAUUGCACUAUACAUAAGCGUGAAUCAAGGGUUGAUAUCAGCCUUGGGAUAAAAGCCGUCUAAAUUCCCAAUAAUCUUUUUUAUAACUUUUGAAGAAGCAAGAAAAGUAUUUUUCUUCUGAUUUUCUGUGGAAUGAGCAGGAAUUCUGCUAAUAUUGUCGAAAUUCCAGCGUUGGUUAUAGAUCCUGGAACAUGUUGGACACGCUUUGGUUUUGCUGGUGAGGAAUCACCUGAAGUUAUACUUCCUUCAAAUUACGGUGUUUUACAAGGAGAAAAUGGAGAAAGAAAAAGUAUAGUAGAUGAAUUGCAGAUUCAUGCACCUAUCCCUGGGAUGGAGAUUACCAAUGGUAUUAAUGAUGGGAUAAUUCAAGACUGGGAGUCUACAUUACAAUUAUGGAAUAGAGGACUAAAAGAUAAAUUAAAAGUUGAUCCAACUGAAUAUGCCAUGAUGAUUACAGAACCGAGCUGGAAUACUCAAUCUGUUCGUCAACAGACGAUGGAGACAGUAUUCGAGCAGCUUCAUGCACCUGCAUUUUAUCUAACUAAACAAGCUGUUUGUGCGGCAUUUGCAAGUAAUAAAGCUACUGCUUUGAUUGUUGACCUUGGUACCGAUAAUACAACUGUUACUCCCGUCGUUGAUGGCAUUGCUAUGCGAAAAGGUAUCGUAAAACAAAAGAUAGCAGGAAAUUUCUUAAAUGAAAAUAUAAAAAGCUUAUUUUCUAAAAUGAGCAUAAACGUUUUACCCCAUUAUCGGGUAGCCAGGAAAUCAAUCGUAAUCGAGUCUUCGGGUCCUGGAAAUCCAGAAGAGGUGAAGCCAGCAGUUUUUUAUGAUUCGAUUGACGGUUUAACAGACUCCUAUAACGAUUUUCAAAAUAAAAGAAUAUUAGAAGAAUGGAAAGAAAGCGUUUUGGAGACAUUGGAAUUUCCAUUCGACGAGUUGAAGGCGUCCACAAAGAAUCCCAAGCAUUUUGAGUUUCCCGAUGGUUCAAAUUAUCAAUUUGGUAUCGACCGAUUUCGUGUUGGGGAAGUAUUGUUUAAUCCUAGCUUCGCUUUUAGAGACAAUCUCCCUGAAAAUACCGUCCCGGAAAAUGCCAUCGAGCUUCACAAUCUGGUAUAUCAAAGCAUUCUCGCAUGCGAAAGUGAAAUACGGUCACAACUAUUUAGUAACAUCAUAUUAACAGGAGGUACUUCACUCAUUCCUGGUCUUACUGAGAGACUACAAUUUGAGCUUCAGAGAUUAGCUCCAGGAAACCGUGUUAAUGUACACACCAGCGGAGACUCGAUUUACAGGAGUAAUGCUUCAUGGUUGGGAGGCUCAAUUCUGGCAAGUCUCGACAACUUCCAACAUUUGUGGGUUUCAAAACAAGAGUAUGAUGAAGUGGGAGUAGACAGAGGUUUAUUUGUGGAAAAAAGAUGCAAGUAAGAAUAAUAGAGUUUUGUAAAACUAGAGAGAUUUUUUUCAAAUAUAUUCUAGGAUAAUAAUAUGUCUUCGUUCAUUUUUAUGCUAGUUACACAAUUGAGACAGGUGCUAUGGGAUACUAAUAUUUAAUUCUUUCUAUAUUUAUUCUUUCG